CCAAUUUUUCUUCCCCAAAUUCUGAGUUUCCCUCCCCUUAUAGACCUAAGUAUUUCCGUCUCCCUCCUAAAUCUCCAAAAUUUGGAAUCGAUUUUCCUAAAACUCAAAAACCCAUUCGAACCUAACUGCAAAAUUCAAAAGAUCGACUCUAAUCCAUCAAUGACAUGAGGUCAGUAGAAGGUUUCUAGCGGAGGAGAGGUAGUGGCGUGCUGCUUGGCUAAGUGAAAAGGAGGCUUCUGUUGAGGAUCUGGUGGCAAAGAGGUAGUGGCAUUACUGAGAGAAGAAGAAGGUUGAAGAAUUUGCUCCAAAAAUUCAACAGAUCAAGAACAACGCAGCGAAGAGAUAAAGCUGUCUUAUGACUUGUAUCUGAAAGCUUUUUUCAUCACAAAGAUUGCAACAUAUUUCAUGCUGAUAGUCUGGUAUUGGAGGUCUCCUGUUGCUUCUGUCCCUCAGAACCUUCUGCAACCAUUUGGGAGGUUCUUAUCUUGGAAGGCUGGAGAUUCAUUGAAUGACAAGAUCAUGGUGAAGGGAUCUGACAAGAAAGGGAGGGUUUGCUGCUUAGGGAAGGUCCCAACUUUUAUGUGGUUAUCUCUGCAACUAAAAGGACCAAGUGAAGUUGGUAACAUAGGCAAAAGCACUUCAAUUGUUUCUGCACCUGGGUUUUCUGAAAGGCUAACAACCUCUGCAAUAAUUGAAAGAGUUCCAAGCAAAUGGCCACGUCGUGUAUGGCAUCCUCCAUGGAAGAACUGCAAGGUAAGAAGCUUGUACUUUAUGAUAGGGUGGAUGGUAAAAGAAUUGUUUGGGUAUUUUCUAAGUGUGAUAGUCAUAGCUAGUUGAAUAAUAAGUUUUGUUGAUCUUUUCUUUUUCUUCUUCUUUUUUAAAUGUCUUGGAGCUAAUAUAAGUAACAUAGAAUUUUCUUUAUUCACUUUGAUGAUUGGCAUAUACUUGUUAGCUUAAAAUUAGUUAUCAAAUUUUUUACAUCUACAUCUUUUGCAUCCACCCAGCUGAUUACUAUCCAACUUCAUUUUCAAUUAGUUAGUCAAAGUAAUGUUAGGUUUAGGCAUGCAUUACACGCAUCAGAACAUAGAAUUUUUUUUUUUUUUUGGGUCAACCAUAUCAGAACACAGCUAGUUUGUAAAGAUAAAGGUCUAUACCCACG